AUGAACGCGAACAACGAAUCAACCUCCUCGGUCCCUCAAUCUAAAGACGAAAAACAACCAAAACGAACCAAUGUAUUUGCACAGCCACAUUUCAGAACAAGGUCCCGUUUGUCCUUUAGGGAAUUUCAAAAAUCGACAAAUAAUCCAACUACGCGUCAAGCGAAAACGUUUACUCCUCCGCUAAAAAGUCUUGGCAAAGAUGUAUUUAUGCGUAAUCCGGUUGCUAUGAACAGUAACACGAUAGAGACUAAUCUACGUCAUAACGAUACGACAUCGACACCCACACAGGACGUGCAUCCUCAACAACAAGAUAUGGUUUCGGAUACACAUCAUUUAGAAUCUGAGACAGAAGAUAUCCAGAUUAUCGAACAAGAAGAGUUUCCUUCUUCAGAAAACAAUUCCACAAAGACGAAUACAUCAUUAUGUGAAUUAACCGAAUCAUUUGAUAAUGUGGAUACUUCGCCCCAAGUUCGCCAAAUUGCCCAAAGAUUGUUCUCUCCAACUGCUCAUCAGCAGCAACAAGCAGAUGUUGUAACAACACGUAAUUCCAAUCUCAAUAUUACAAAAUCCAAUACAUCAACUCCCCUCAAUUCACCAACGCAAUUACAAAUAAAACUCGCAAAUAAAGUUGACAUCGAAAUACCAAUGGUUGAACAAACAAGCAACAACAGUCAAACUGAUGAUAAAAUUAACGAAUUCGACGUAAUUAUGAGUGCCGUGAAUAAAUUGAAAGACGAGAUUACUGAAAAAAAUGCUAAAGUCGAGAACCCGCAAUCAACGCUCGACCAACUUACCAGCAUGCUGAGUGGCAGAGAUCAAAGUCUCUCAAUAUUCAGCGAACGCAUCAAAAUUUUUGAAAUACUUGUUAGACGGCAACAGUCGGAUUCUGAGUGUACUCGCGAACGAAUUGAUCAUAUAAAAUCAAAAUAUUCCCUAUUUCGACACACACUUUCUCAGACAGUCAAGGAUUUAGACGUAGUCAUGAGUGAGAAGAAAAGAGUUGACGAAGACUUGCAACAGUUGAAAUGCAAAUUCGACGCUCUGAACAUGACACGCGAACUACUAAUAGAAGACCACAAAAGCGUUCUGGCUGCCCAUCAAGAACAGCUUACCGGGAUAACAACUCAGAAUAAGAAAUUAUUGGACGAAAAUAGAAUUUUGCAGAGCGAUAGCGAUCGCCUGAAACGAAAUCUUCUAAUCAUCACUGAGCAUUUAUCCCAUCAGGCGGCAGAGCUUGAAUCCUCUCACGCUCAGUUGAAAAAACUGCAGGAAGAGCGCGAGGCUGACAAAAGCAAGCACAUGGAAUGUGAAAAGCGGUAUGCGUUAAAGAAAUUUGGGAAAUUUUGGGAUUCAGGCUAUGUUGUCAAUUUUUGUACUCAGUUUCGCUCAUAUUAUAGUGUCAACAAGCUGUCGUCCGAUCUCCAGAAUGCUAAUCUUACUCUAGAAGCCUCACGCGAAGAGAUUUCGCGUCUUGUAAGUGCUUGUAUGGAGAAAGAUAAGCGGCUUCGAAAUGAUCGGGCAGAGGAAUUACGACUGGAAACUGAACUACAGUUGUUAAGACAGCAACUGGACGAAGUCGUACAAGAAAAAGAAUCAGAAAAGCACAGCGACUCCCGUUCGGCUAUUGUUGAGAAAGCAUCAGUGGCCGUCGGAACCUCUGACUGUCCAGACAUGGAUCUAGCAAGACAACAUGCUUUAAUGUUACAGAUAUUUGAGAGAAAUUGUAUGGACUAUGAUCUUCGUGAGCAAGACCUCCAAAGAAAAUUAGAUGAGAAAAAGGCUGAAGCGAGCAAGCUUGAAUCUCAAUUUAACAACUUGCAGCUUGAGUAUGAGAUUUUGCACCGAGAGCAUGAUAAGCUUUUGGUAGAACGUACCAGUGUUGAUAGUAAGAGGGAAUCAAUUGAACAAACACUGAAUAGAGCUGCUCAAUAUUAUCAGGAUUUGGCAAACCAAGCAGCUGUGAAUCAUAAUAACGAGGUUUGCAAACGUGACAGUAAAAUCCACGAAUUAGAGUCGAGAGAAUCUUCAUUACGAGAAGAAAUUCAGACUUUGCAGAAUACAUUGGCUUCAAUUACAGACAAAAGGAAGGAACUAGGCAAUAAUUCUACAAAUCAAAUUACUAGAACAGAAGUUCUCGAUAGUUCGAAUGACGGACAAGGCUUCCUAAGAGGCAAUGAGAUACCAGCCGGCGUUUUAGACAAUCCUCAAAUACCAUUAUCGUCUUCUUUAUCUAAUAUAGACGAACGCCGCCUAUCUGACGACAGUCAACAACCGAGGCUGAAACGUCGCAAGACGGAACGUGACAUUGAUGACAACACCAAUGAUGACGAUGAUGACGUCUUUUCAGUAAAAAGCUCCACGCAGACAAUUGAAAUUACGAGCCCAGUUCAAAUUUCAAACAGUGUCAAGUCACCCGCUCGCCAAACAAACAAGAAAAAAGCGAAUACGGGCUAUAGGACGCGUACCCGAAAAUGA